AUGGGCCGGGCCCGGCGCUUCCAGUGGCCGCUGCUGCUGCUGUGGGCGGCCGCGGCGGGGCCAGUCUCUGCUGGUCCAGGGACAGGACAGGAAGUACAGACAGAGAACGUGACAGUGGCUGAGGGUGGGGUGGCAGAGAUCACCUGCCGUCUGCAUCAAUAUGAUGGAUCCAUUGUGGUCAUCCAGAACCCCGCCCGGCAGACCCUCUUCUUCAAUGGCACCCGAGCCCUGAAGGACGAGCGUUUCCAGCUUGAGGAGUUCUCCCCGCGCCGGGUGCGCAUCCGGCUCUCAGAUGCCCGCCUGGAGGACGAGGGGGGCUACUUCUGCCAGCUCUAUACAGAGGACACGCACCACCAGAUUGCCACUCUCACUGUCCUAGUGGCCCCGGAGAAUCCGGUGGUGGAGGUCCGAGAGCAGGCGGUGGAGGGCGGCGAGGUGGAGCUCAGCUGCCUAGUUCCGCGGUCGCGGCCCGCAGCAGUCCUGCGCUGGUACCGUGACCGCAAGGAGCUGAAAGGAGUGAGCAGCGGCCAGGAAAAUGGCAAGGUCUGGAGCGUGGCGAGCACCGUCCGAUUCCGCGUGGACCGAAAGGACGACGGUGGUAUCGUCAUCUGCGAAGCGCAAAACCAGGCGCUGCCCUCUGGACACAGCAAGCAGACGCAGUACGUGCUGGACGUGCAGUACUCCCCCACGGCCAGGAUCCACGCCUCCCAAGCUGUGGUGAGGGAGGGAGACACGCUGGUGCUGACGUGCGCUGUCACGGGCAACCCCAGGCCAAACCAGAUCCGUUGGAAUCGUGGGAAUGAGUCUCUGCCAGAGAGAGCAGAGGCAGUGGGGGAGACGCUCACGCUUCCGGGUCUGGUAUCUGCGGAUAACGGUACCUACACCUGCGAGGCAUCGAACAAGCACGGCCACGCGAGGGCGCUCUACGUGCUGGUGGUAUACGACCCCGGUGCGGUGGUAGAAGCUCAGACGUCGGUUCCCUAUGCCAUUGUUGGCGGCAUCCUGGCGCUACUGGUGUUUCUGAUCAUAUGUGUGCUAGUGGGCAUGGUCUGGUGCUCCGUACGACAGAAGGGCUCCUAUCUGACCCACGAGGCCAGUGGCUUGGAUGAGCAGGGAGAAGCAAGAGAAGCCUUCCUCAAUGGCAGCGAGGGACACAAGAGGAAAGAAGAAUUCUUUAUCUGACCCCACCCCCACCCCAGGCCUGGGCCUGGGCUGGGGCUCCCCCCACUGCCAGCUGCAAGGAACCAGCAAAGACAUUUACCAGAGUCUGGGAUGGUGGGCUUCUCCCCCCACCACUAACACCUCAGAUG